AUGUCUCUCCACACAACCAAUCUCGACGGGAUUUUGCCCCUUGUCGCUCGUGGAAAAGUCCGUGACAUCUACGAGGUCGACGCCAAAACCCUCCUUUUCGUCGCCACUGACAGAAUCUCUGCCUACGAUGUUAUCAUGACCAACGGUAUUCCCGCCAAAGGUAAGAUUCUCACCAGUUUGUCUGAGUUCUGGUUCGACUUCUUGUCUGCUGAGGUUCCAAACCACUUGGCCUUGCCUGCUGGAAGCGCCGAUCUCUUCAAGCAUUUGCCUGCAAAGUUGUCGGAACCAAAGUACAGAGAGCAAUUGGAGGGCCGUUCCUUGCUCGUGAAGAAAAUGAAGUUGAUUCCAUUGGAGGUCAUUGUCCGUGGUUACAUCACUGGUUCUGCUUGGAAGGAGUACAAGUCUUCCAAGACCGUGCAUGGCUUGACUGUCAAGGAGCAGGAUUUGCAAGAGUCCCAAGAGUUUGCAAACCCUAUUUUCACCCCAUCAACCAAGGCUGAGCAGGGAGAGCACGACGAAAACAUCUCUCCUGAGCAGGCUGAGAAAAUCGUUGGCAAGGAGUUGUGUGACAAGGUUGCCUCGAUCGCCGUUGACCUUUACACCAAGGCCAAGGAGUAUGCCAAGAGCAAGGGCAUCAUCAUUGCUGACACCAAGUUCGAGUUUGGCUUGGACGAGAACGACAACGUUGUUUUGGUGGACGAGGUUUUGACCCCAGACUCGUCUCGUUUCUGGAACGCUUCCACUUACAAGCUUGGACAGGGCCAGGACUCCUACGACAAACAAUUUUUGCGUGACUGGUUGACCGCCAACAACUUGAACGGAAAGGACGGUGUUGCCAUGGAUGACGACAUUGCUGUUCGCACUAAGGCUAAGUACAUUGAGGCCUACGAGGCUUUGACCGGGUCCAAGUGGACUGAGUAA